CAUUUUGACGAGGAAAAUUAUUUCUUCUACGAGCUUCAGAAUCUUCCAUUUCUCAGAGCUCAUCUCAUUUUUUUUCUUUCUCAAACAUGAGUAGUAAUAAUCCUCAUCAUCAUAAGCUCCAUGUUAUCUUCUUCCCUUUCAUGGCUUAUGGCCACAUAAUACCAACUCUAGACAUGGCUAAGCUUUUCUGUAGCAGAGGAGCCAGAUCCACCAUCAUCACCACACCUCUCAACUCCAAGAUCCUCCAAAAACCCAUCGAGUUAUUCAAGAACCUGAACCCGACUCUCGAAAUCGACAUCCACAUCUUCGAUUUCCCCUGCGUCGAUCUCGGUUUACCGGAAGGAUGCGAGAACGUCGAUUUCUUCACCACAAAAAACAAUGAAGACAGAGACUACAUAACCUUGAAAUUCUUCUUGUCGACAAGUUUUUUCAAAGACCAGCUCGAGAAAUUCCUCGAGACAACGAGACCGGACUGUCUUAUCGCCGACAUGUUCUUCCCAUGGGCUACCGAAGCUGCUGAGAAGUCCCGUGUGCCAAGACUUGUGUUUCACGGCACUGGCUACUUCUCUUUAUGCGCUGGUUAUUGCAUCAAGGCGCAUAAACCUCAGAACAGAGUAGCUUCGAGCUGUGAGCCAUUUGUGAUCCCUGAUCUCCCUGGAGACAUAGUGAUAACUCAAGAACAGAUCAUUGACGGUGACAACGAAUCCGGGAUGGGGAAGUUUAUGAUGGACGUGAGAGAGUCGGAAGUGAAGAGCUCAGGUGUUGUUGUCAACAGCUUCUACGAGCUUGAGCCUGAGUACGCCGAUUUUUACAAGAGAUUCGUAAACAAGAGAGCGUGGCAUAUCGGUCCGCUCUCUGUUAUAAACAGAGGAUUUGAAGAGAAGGCUGAGAGAGGAAAGAAAGCGAGCGUUGAUGAAGCUGAAUGUCUCAAGUGGCUUGACUCCAAGAAACCAGAUUCAGUCAUUUACAUUUCUUUUGGGAGCGUUGCUUUCUUCAAGAACGAGCAGCUAAUAGAGAUCGCUGCAGGGUUAGAAGCUUCUGGCACAAAUUUCAUCUGGGUUGUUAGGAAAGACGACGCAGGUGAGAAAGAAGAAUGGUUACCAGAAGGGAUGGAGGAGAGGACGAAAGGGAAAGGGAUGAUAAUAAGAGGAUGGGCUCCACAAGUGUUGAUACUUGAGCACCAAGCAACCGGUGGGUUCGUGACGCAUUGCGGCUGGAACUCGGUUCUUGAAGGUGUGGCUGCAGGGCUACCGAUGGUGACGUGGCCGAUUGGUGCAGAGCAGUUCUACAACGAGAAAUUGGUUACACAAGUGCUCAGAACGGGAGUGAGCGUUGGAGCCACAAAGCAUGUGAAGGUUAUGGGAGAUUUCAUAAUUAGCAGAGAGAAUGUAGAGAAGGCGGUGAGGGAAGUGUUGGUUGGGGAAGAGGCGGAGGAGAUGCGCAGACGGGCAAAGAAAAUGGCGGAGAUGGCUAAAGCCGCCGUGGAAGAAGGAGGGUCUUCUUUUAACGAUCUAAACAAGUUCUUAGAGGAGUUUAGCUCAUAAUACUCCUAAAUCUUUAUUUUUUUAAAAAAAAAUUAAGAAUCCCCCAACGGAAAUAAAAUAAGACAUAAUGUAAGAUAUGUGGACUAAUCUAUUUACUUCUAAAUAAUUUUUUAAA